GAAAGAAUGAUGAAGCUUCUUAUGAAAAAAUGCUUAAACUGCGGCGGGAUCUGAGUCAUGCGGUAACAAUUCUAGAGAUCAUGAAGAAAAGGGAAAAGAGCAAGAGGGAGUUACUGCAUUUAACAUUGGAAAUUAUGGAAAAAAGAUAUAAUUUGGAUGAUUAUAAUGGAGAGAUCAUGUCUGAAGUAAUGGUACAUCAACAGCCCAUAAAGCCUACCUAUGCUAUUCCUGUUAUUUCUGUUCCUAAUAGCACUCAGUUUAAACACCCAGAAAGUAUGGAAUUGAAGGAAUUUAAAAUAAACAAGCAAGAGAAAGCUGAUGCUAUACGACCGAAGAGAAAAUAUGAGAAGAAGCCCAAAAUUGUAUCUUCAUCAGCUGCUAUUGCUACUCAGCAGUCAAUUCCUGCUGCACUGCCAAUCUUUAAUGUUAAAGAUAUGAAUCAGUACGACUUUCCCAGCUCUGACGAAGAACCUCUUUCUCACGUAUGACGUCUACAGUUUCUUUUGUUCAAAGGGA